CUUGCUUUCUUUGGUGCACUUCCUCGAUUCCGCUUUUCCCGUGCUAGCGAAAAAGUCGCGAACCCACUCUCCCAUCCUCUCCUCUCCUCUCCUCUCUUUUCUUGUUCCCUCGUUCUCUCUCGCUCUCUCCGGCAAAUCCCCAACCGGCCCCCCGGCAAUGAUCUCCGACGGACUCCGGUGAGACAGCGCCGGAGGGCAUCCGUCGUGGGAGAGGGGGGAGCUGGUGCUGUGAGGCGGCCGAGAUCCGGAGUAUGGGAGGGGGGGAGAGAGGGCGGACGAGGAGAUCCGAUCUCUGCUAGCCCAGGGAUUGGGUCUUGUACUUCUUUCACGCUCUCAUCCCUCUGUUCUUGUUCGCGAGAUUGGAUCCGAGAAAUGGAGGACGGGAGGCGGACGCGUUUAGGGUUCUUGUGGAGGUUGGUGGCGGUGGCGUGGGUGGCGAUCCUGGCUGCGCCGGUGGAGGCAGCGGAAGGGAGGCGUGGUCCGCCGCGGCACGCGUACGUGGCGAUGAUGUACAUGGGGACGCCGCGGGACUACGAGUUCUAUGUGGCGACGCGGGUGAUGAUGAGAUCGCUAGCGAAGCUCGGCGUCGCCGCCGAUCGCGUUGUCAUUGCUUCCGCCGACGUUCCGAUCCGAUGGGUCCAAACCAUGAAAGAGGAGGAUGGGGUGAAGGUGGUUACAGUGGAGAACUUGAAGAAUCCAUAUGAGAAGCAGGGCAAUUUCAAUUCCAGAUUUAAACUGACACUUAAUAAGUUGUAUGCAUGGAGCUUGGUAGCAUAUGACAGAGUUGUCAUGCUUGACUCUGAUAACAUCUUCCUCCAGAGAACUGAUGAGCUAUUCCAGUGUGGGCAGUUUUGUGCUGUCUUCAUUAACCCCUGCAUCUUCCACACUGGCCUCUUUGUCCUUCAGCCCUCAAUGGAUGUCUUCAAGGACAUGCUUCAUGAGCUAGUAAUUGGGCGUGAGAACCCAGAUGGUGCAGAUCAAGGCUUUCUUGCCAGUUACUUUCCAGAUUUGCUUGAUCAGCCAAUGUUCCAUCCACCAGUGAAUGGUACUAAGCUUGACGGCACCUAUCGACUUCCUUUGGGAUACCAGAUGGAUGCUUCUUACUACUACCUGAGUCUUCGAUGGCGCAUACCCUGUGGACCAAAUAGUGUAAUCACAUUCCCUAGUGCACCAUGGUUGAAACCUUGGUACUGGUGGUCCUGGCCUGUCCUACCAUUGGGCUUAUCAUGGCAUGAGCAACGUCGAAAUACCAUAGGGUAUGGAUCAGAGGUGCCUGUGAUACUGAUCCAGUCGGUAAUGUAUAUCGGGAUCAUGGCACUCACUCGGCUGGCACGUCCUAGCUUGUCCAAGCUAUGUUAUAACCGGCGUCCUGAGAAGAGUUUUGCCUUUGUGCACAGCAUGCUCAAGGUAGCAGCAACAUGGUCCAUAUUAGCUGCAUACACUGUUCCUUUUUUUCUCAUUCCCCGAACGGUGCACCCACUUGUGGGCUGGUCCCUCUAUAUGCUUGGUGCUUCCGCUCUUGCUUCAGUUGUGAUCAAUGCCUUCCUGCUGCCGGCACUCCCAGUGCUUACACCCUGGUUGGGUAUACUAGGUGCACUUUUUGUGAUGGCAUCCCCUUGGUAUUCUAAUGGUGUUGUGAGGGCUUUGGCUGUGUUUGCCUAUGCCUUCUGCUGCGCUCCAUUCGUGUGGACAUCAUUGAUGAAGGUGAUGGCCUCGGUACAAGUCUUGCUCGAGAGGGAGGCCUUCUUUCCAAGGUUGGUAGAAUCCACACAGCCGCCCGAGUUCAACAAGCUAUAUUGACAAACGUUGCCAUGGAGGUGAUUAGAUUGGCAAUCUCAUACAUUCUGAUAAUUUUGGCUACUUGUCUCAGCUGUGUGAUACUAUGAGCAGUUAUUGUUUGUUUCAAUACCAUACAGAACAAGACUUCUAUGGCAAGAAUUGGAGAUUGUGGUAUCCUUCCUUCAGGAGGAAAGGAGGGAAAUUGGAAUGGGUUAUUCUGGCUUCUAGUAAAAUAGAGAAUUUGUUAUAAUUCAUUUAUUUUCCUCCUCAUGAUGUGGAAAAAAUUCUUGCAUGGAUAUUAAAGUAUUAGGUUUUUGCAAA